ACAACUCUUUAAAUACCCCAAGUCAUCUGGCACAACAAAACAUUCCGCUGUCAGCUCUCAGCUGUAAAUGUCCAUCCCGGCGGAAGCAAUACGGCUCUUAUACAUUUGUAUACUUUGAUAUAGUUUGUGAAAAGAACAUUUUUUUAGCCGUAAAGGCCGAGAGUUGUGGAGUAAAAAAAAAAAAAAAAGAAUCGAGCAGGUCGAGCUCGGGGGGGAGAAAAACAAAGAUGGUGGAAGUGUAGCCACAGAGACGAGUUCCAACACAAACCGCCUCCAACAUCUCCGGACAACCGGCUACCUGAGCAAAUACGGGAGACGGACAGCCGAGCCGAGGAGAACCGGGCCGCCGGUGCGCACCUGGUACCGAGCGCUGUCACGGCGACUAACGGCGUCGAGAAGCCGAGACAGCUGAGAGUUGUUUUUGUUCCCACUGGAGCUCUCUUGUUUGUCAGCUAGCUAGCUAGCUAACCUGCUAAGCUCUGUAAGUCCACAAAACUGCUUGUUUUUCCGGCAUAAACUGUCGCUACUUGCUUAUCUAACAUCGCGUUCACUAAAGUAAUUGCGUCCAUCUUUAAUCGUAAUAAUAAUAAUAGUAGUAGUAAUAAUAAUAAUAAACAGGGGAGCUAGCAUCCCUGUUAGCGUUUGCGCAAGUGUUAGCUAAAUAGCUGUCAGCUGACAGUUAGCCUGGCGGCUAGCGACCUAGCACCCAAGCUAACGUGACAAAAUAUCCCGGAAAGUUCUAGACCACCGCCGCCAUGUCCGCCAUGGACGACGGGGACGUGGGCGUCGCACCCGCGCCCGGCUCCUCCUCGGCCGGCCUGGGUAUCGGCAUCGGUGCCGGGGGGGCGGCGGCGGAGGCGGCGGCCGAGGCCAUGCAGGAGGAGGUUGGGACGCGGCGACAGGCGGACGGGCCCGACGCCGACUCGGAAGAGCCGCCCAAGAAGAGGUCCAAAGUCCCCGAGGGGGAGUCCGGCAAGCUGGAGGAGAGACUGUACUCUGUGCUGUGCUGCACCGUGUGCCUAGACUUGCCCAAGGCGUCAGUGUACCAGUGUACCAACGGGCACCUGAUGUGCGCCGGCUGCUUCAUCCACCUGCUGGCUGACUCUCGGCUGAAGGAGGAGCAGGCCACGUGUCCAAACUGCAGGUGCGAGAUCAGCAAGAACCUUUGCUGCAGGAACCUGGCCGUGGAGAAGGCGGUGAGCGAGCUGCCCACAGAGUGCACCUUCUGCCUUAAACAAUUCCCUCGAUCCAGCCUGGAGAGACACCAGAAAGAAGAGUGCCAGGACAGGGUGACGCAGUGCAAGUACAAGAGGAUCGGGUGUCCGUGGCAGGGUCCCUUCCACGAGCUGCCGGCCCACGAGGGCGAGUGCUCGCAUCCCACCAAGACGGGCACGGAGCUGAUGGGCAUCCUGGGCGAGAUGGACCAGAGCCAUCGGCGUGACAUGCAGCUCUACAACAGCAUCUUCAGCCUGCUCUGCUACGAGAAGAUCGGCUUCACAGAGGUGCAGUUCAGGCCGUACCGCACGGAUGACUUCAUCACGCGGCUGUACUACGAGACGCCGCGCUUCACCGUGCUCAACCAGACGUGGGUCCUGAAGGCCCGCGUCAACGACUCGGAGCGUAACCCCAACCUGUCCUGCAAGCGCACGCUCUCCUUCCAGCUCAUCCUCAAGAGCAAGGUGAACUCGGCCCUGGAGUGCUCCUUCCUGCUGCUGAAGGGCCCGUACGACGACGUGCGCAUCAAGCCCGUCAUCCACCACUACGCGUUCACCAACGACGCCAACGAGACGGACUACGUGCCGCUGCCCAUCUCCGACUCGGUGGAGUGCAACAAACUGCUGGCCGCCAAAAACAUCAACCUGCGCCUCUUCAUCUUCCAAGUCCAAAAAUAACAAGGAAACCCUUCAGAAUAAGAGCCAAGGAGACGAGGAGGAGGAGGGGGAGGAGGAGGUGUGAUGGAAGGAAAGAUUGAAGAUGAAAGAACCACUGAUACCUCUUAACACACACACACACACACACACACGACUAACUCCACUUACCUCCGUGAGUGAGACCCCCCACCUUGUGAGUUGCUAUGGAGACAAGCGGGUGGGCAUUGACAUCACUUGGGGGGGGGGGGGGGGGUCAUGAUGUUUGAUGUCUUGACACCUUCCUGAAACAAACACACACACACACACACACAGCCAAAAGUAGCACACACACACACACACACACGCACACACACACCAGAGUGCUACCCAAAUGUGAAAUAAGCGUUUAACUCUGCUCAGCUGUGACGUCUGAUUGGAUGCUGUGAAUGUGUGUAGUCUCCGCCCCCCUUUGUUUGCCCCGCCCCCCUCCAUUUUAUUUAAUCAUAAUUUGAACACUUUUCUAAUGAAGAAAAUAUUAAGCUAAUUUUGAUGAUUUGUUGAUUUUAAUCCUGCACACAUGCUUUUAUUUCUAACCAUUUACCCCCCCCCCCCCCUCCCCUUUUUCCCCCCCCACCAAAGUGAAAUUGUCAUGAACUGGGAGAAGCGGUAGAAGAUGGAUGGACGGAAGAUGGAAAAUAGUAGCAUGUUGCCAUGUUUGUAUGAAAUGAUUGAGUACAUUUUUUUAUUUUUCCUGGCUCAAAUGUUUUUAUCAAAGCACCAAAACCCGGAAGGAAAGUUCCACCUUUACUUGUUCUUCACACACUUUAUGUCCUCCAAAGUUUGUGGAACAAGGAGACUUGGAUAUGUGUGUGUGUGUGUGUGUGUGUGUACGAGAGAGAGAGAGAGAAAGGAGGGGUGUAGGGGGGGCCUAUACCUAAAGGAUGUUGGACUUACUUGAAGGAGAAGAUGUUACAAGAAUAGAUUCUACUGUAAAGCAGAUAGAAGAUGUCUCUCCUCCUGACCUCUGCUGUAUUUUUUGGGUGUUUUCAAAAAAAAAAAAAAAAAAAAGACAAAAAGCUUCCGUCUCUGCCGGUGGACUCGCUCAUCUCACUAUGGCUGUACAUGUGCCUUUUAUUAUUAUUAAUAUUAAAGAUCAUCAACCUGCAGCUCUGCUCAUGUACAUGACUCUCACUCUGUGUGUGUGUGUGUGUGUGUGUGUGUGUGUGAGGAAGUCAAACAGGACAAAAAU